CUCCAAAGCCAACUAUAAACCUUAUUUUGAUAACGUAUCAUCUUUUAACGUGGCCAAAUUUUUUUACCUUGUAUAAACAAUAAGGUUCUUACAUUUUUAUGCACGAAUGUUAAGUUUACUUACUGAAUAUUGGAGAAAUGACCACGAUAAUAAAGAAUAACCAACGGUGUCAUAAGAACGAAUGGAUUUCGAAGAUUUUACUUGGAACAUUUUUUUUACUUAUACUUUUAAGCUUACCGACCUUCUGUCAAGCCCAUGGCGAUGGUGAAUUACCAAGUUUUAAAUACUCCAAGGAGGCUAACAAAAAGUAUGUGGACAAUGAACAUUUGACACAUCAUGACGAAAUUCUACAUCAGCAUAAACAUGAAAAUCACAAUCAUGAUCAUGGAGACAAACCAGUUUUGUCUGAUAAAGUAUAUAAUGAAUUGAUUGUUAAAGCUACUAUAUCAACUUUAAUCAUAUCAGCUGCACCGUUUCUCAUAUUGUUUUUUGUACCUUUAGACAACAGUAAAGAACGUGAAUCACUGUUGAAAAUGUUAUUAAGUUUUGCAUCGGGUGGCUUAUUAGGCGAUGCAUUCUUGCAUUUAAUUCCUCAUGCUUUAGUUCCUCAUGCACAUGAAGAAACUGCUUCACAUACAUCUCAUCAUGACAAUGAAAAACAUGAUCAUGGGCAUGGUAUGUCUGUUGGAUUAUGUGUAUUAUUAGGUGUAGUGAUGUUUUUAAUUGUUGAAAAAGCAGUGCGAAUCAUAAAAACUGAUCACAGUCAUUUACAUGAAUCUAAAGGAAAUGUAUCAAAAGAAAAUAAAAAUAAUAAUAAAUCAAAGAAAGAUUCUAAAGAAAAGAAACCUAAGAAUGUUCAAAGUGAAAUUAAAAUUGCUGGCUAUUUAAAUCUAGUUGCCGAUUUCUUACAUAAUUUCACAGAUGGUCUGGCUAUUGGAGCCAGUUAUUUAGCUGGCAAAAAUAUUGGUUACAUUACCACAUUCACAAUUUUAAUACAUGAAGUACCUCAUGAAAUAGGAGAUUUUGCUAUUUUAAUACAAAGUGGUUAUAGCAAAAGAAAAGCUAUGAUGCUUCAACUUACUACUGCGAUAGGUGCUUUAUUAGGAACUUAUGUAUCAUUACUUGCAGAAGGCAUGGGAGAUGUUGCAACUAAGUGGAUUCUUCCAUUUACAGCUGGAGGAUUUAUUUAUAUUGCAACAGUUUCUGUAAUACCAGAACUUUUAACUGAUACUAAUUUUAGGCAGUCUGUGAAAGAAAUUAUUUCAUUACUAUUGGGUGUGUUUAUGAUGGUAGCAAUAGCGAUGUAUGAAUAGAUUUCUUUCAUAUCUUGUGUUCACAUAUUGUGACUAUUGCUCCAACAUUUUUUUUCCAUUUUCAUUAGUGAAAAUUAAUGAAAAUCUGAAUAUAUUGUAUAACAUGAAUACCAGUGAAAAAAUGAUUAAAUCUAUUGCUAAUAUUAGUAUAGCAAGAAAAAUGUAAACAAAUAUGAAAAAUCAUCCAGAUCCUUAUUAGAGAUCGUUUACAUUAUAAGAGAAAAGAGAAAAAUUACAACUUCAACCAAUUUAAAAUCGUAUAAAGUAAUUUCGGAAAAAUGUUAUUAUUGUUUAUGAAAAUACCACGUUGUAGUGAAAAAUUAUAAAUGAAUUAGCCUUAUAAAAAGUAAUACAUAUAUAAUGGAGUAUUUCAUAUUCAGUAUAAUUGUUUUAUCAGUAACAUGCAAAUCAUAAUAAUUCUUUAGUAAAUCAUUCUGCAUUCAAUUACUUAUGAUAAGGUUUUUUAUAUAGAUCGUUUUUCCAAAUUAUUUAUGCUAUAAAGUGAUAUAUUUUUUACAUUAAAAUUCCUUAAUUUUGUACGAAUAUUAAUUCCCUUGAUAAGCAUGUAAUUACUGUAAAUGA